UUUCCUUCGUCAUACUCUGCAUGCAGCCGGAACGGUUCGAACAGUUCUGCAAAUCGAUUGGCGUACAGCAGGCAGAAAUGGUGAAGAGUAUACUGCCGAAAUGUGUUUCGUUCCUUCUGCCCAAGUACGCCAAAUGUGAAGGGAUGGCGCCCAAGUAUGAUGCAAUAGCUAGUCGGAUGCACAAAGCACUUGCCCCUAUAAUAAGCACGGUAGAUCUUAAAGAUUACGUGUCGGAAAUUAUCAAACACCUCACCCACCGAUUGAACGAUCACGUUGAGCUGGGCAAGCUGUUGGACCAGGACCUGCCAAGCUGCUUCGUUGCCGAUCUGUCGCUUAGCAAAGCCACUUACUCGACGGCGCUCGAGCACCUGAAACAGUCGGUAUGGGGAUCGCAAUCGUUCAAGUACACGCUGCUGAGCAAUUUGUGUUUUAAAAACAGCUCACCAAUUGAACGCACCCUAACGGAUGUCAAACGCUGGCUUUGGGCGGCUGAUGAACCGGAGCAGAAAAUGGUACAUCUCUUCCAGUACACGGUGUUUCUCGACCAUCUGAAAGAGUACAUCGGACAGCAGAAGGAACGCGCGUUCAAACCCUAUCUCGUGCGAGAUGUGGUGUAUUUCCUGUGCAACUUGUUGUCCUCCUUUCCCGCCCUACGACUUGCCACGCUCAACAGCUUCGGGCGGUUCCUGGAGCACGUGGUCGCAUCUAGCGAUGCGUGCGAGCUGCUCUCGGAACAUUUGCACUUCAUAGUGUCAUCAUUGCUGGAGGUGGAAAAUGUCGAUCCGGCAUCGGAGAUUUCUCAAAAAUCGCUAACUCUGCUACGGUUUCUGAUCUUACAACACUCUGCCGCGUUUGCGGGUGCGAUCGGUAAGCUGAAUUAUCUACCAAAGGACGAACGAUUCGAUCAGUUGCGGCUUGCUAUAUCGCGCCAAAAAACGAUCGGUCAUGAAAAUGUGCUGCCAAGGGAAGAAAUCGCGGCGCUGAUUGAGUUGCCCAAUUUAAGAUACGAAGAUUUGGCUGCGCUGAAGAUUGUGCUCACCACCAAAAAGAAAGAUCUAAAAUUAUUGUGCGAUGAGCUGAGCGAGCAAAGCGCAUCGUCGGGCGCUAAUGGGGAAAGCGUGCUUCAUCGGUUAGUCUACACUUUGCUGGAAGUUGUGCGCAGCUCCCCGUUCGACAAGCGAUCGAUGGAAGCUCUCCGAUGUUUGAGUGAAAUAGGACCGAUCGAUCUGGGAACAAUGCUGUUAAAAUCCGACGCAGAAAUGAUUGCUUACGAUACGAUCAACAACUCGAAGGAAGCAAUCGAACGAUGUGCUGCGGUGCUGCUGAGCGAAUUGAACGAGCUGAUAACGAACAGAAACGUUCCGGUUGCAAACUACGCCUCACUGAUUUGCUACAAAAUGCUGUACGGAAAAACAUUCCAUGCUUUGGCGGCCAAACUACCAACACUGCACCCAUUUUUGGGAACUUCUGCGGAAGAGAUCAAACUCUUCACUCGUACCACCGGACGCAGUUUGUCGUUGCGGCCAAUGCUUGCCAACGAACGGAUCGAGUACAGCGCUUUUGUGCAGCAGCUGUCAGCCGCGUUGCUGUCAUUUUUGGGAAAUACGAUGAUUAAAAAACUGGCCGAACAGGAAACGACAUUCGUCGAGAAGCUUGUCCCUUUGCUGGUACAGAUAACGAUAAAGCAAUUCGAAGAGUCAAUCAUCGAUAGCAUGGGCAGCUUUAUUAAUGAGUUUUUCAACGAGUUCGCUGCCAUUCAAAAUGAGGUUCACAAUAUUUUCAAUGACCCGAAAGCUAUUCAACUGAUGCUUACCAUCGUGGAGUGUGUUCGGAUACAUAAUCAAUGCUUUCCACAGUACAAAAUUUCCGUUAACUAUCUACGAAUCGCACAAGCGUCUCAAUUCUGUCAGGCACACUUUAAAGCCAUCCUGUAUGGUGACCUCUGGUACCGGGAGGAAGAGGAGCAAGGCAAGCAUGAUGCCAAACGACACCCGGAACUGCAAAACAUAAUGAAAUCAUGCCAUUUGGCGAUCGGCGUAAACGAUGCAGUUAAAUAAUUCCUCA